AGCGUCGCAGCCAUCAUAGCCGCGCGGGUCGCGACAUGGAAGAGUUCCAGGAAGCCGACGUCCUGUGGCCGGAAGCCCACCACCACGACUGCCACCGCCACCGCCCGGACUCCCACCACCACGGCUGGCACCGCCACCGCUGCCACCACACGGAUCAGCAACCCCGCGGCGCGGCGCGUCCGCAGUCGGCGCCUCUGCGCAUCCCUGCGACGCCGCCGGCGGAGGCGAGCCCCAUAACGACCCGGCCCUCGUGGGCGCACAACAGCUACGACUACGACGACGACGACGGAAUGGUCGUCAGAAGAGCCUCGGGCGCGGAGGCGGCGAUCGUGCCGCCGCACGUCCUCGCGGCGAGGCGGUGCGCGGAGGAGCGGAGGGUGGCCUCCUCGGUGUGCGUGGGGCACGGGCGCACGCUCAAGGGCCGCGACCUCCGCGCCGUCCGCAACGCCGUGCUCCACAUGACCGGAUUCCUCAGUAGCUCCGACAAGUACUGACUAGUUCAGCAGCUAGCGUGCGGGAUAGAAUUAGUUCCGCCAUAUGCAGCAGUAAGAGCUGAAUAAUUCUGCAUCAAAUUAUUAUUAUUAUUGGAGUUUGGACUAGUACUGGCGAUAACAACGUAACGAUAGACAGAGCAGUACUCUUACAGCACUUGCUAGAUGGCUCAGACUGUAAGGCACAUCGAUCUAGCUUCAUUCUAUGGUGCAUUGCACUGGGGAAGAAGCUAAUUCCGUGCCUACGUAAUUGAUCGUAAUAUAUAGCUCAUGUGAUCCGA